AUUAAUGACUAUAUUGAAGACUUUAAUUCAUUUUCUUCACAUUCAAAUGUAAAUACCACAAAUCACUCCCAGACACAAGAUCCAGUCAGAGGGGAGAUGCCGUCCAGUCGCAGGAUCUUCAACCGGGAGUAGGUUAAGGAGGAUAUUCGAGUGCCACCAUGCAUCCGGUGAUCAUCAUCUUGUCUGCCCUGCUUCCGCUCUCUCCCUGCCAUGCACAAGAUCCUUUCGCCUGGCUGUACAGCCGCCGGAGCUCCAUCCAGGCGGACAACACAGGAGGAGAGUGCCCCCCUGAGUGUGACUGUCCCCCAACCUUUCCCAUCGCCAUGUAUUGUGAUGGACGGGGCCUGACGGCCAUGCCCACCAUCCCCUCCCGGAUGAAGUACUUGUACCUCCAGCACAACGCCAUCACAGCCAUAUCCGACUCAGAUCUGGUCAACGCAACCAAUCUUGUGUGGCUUAUGAUGCACCACAAUCAACUUGCGUCCGAUGCCAUCAGCGAGAAGGCCUUUUUGAAGUUGGGACGACUGGACCGUUUUUAUUUACAACACAACAAUUUGACCAGCAUCCCUCGUAACCUCCCUCGCACCCUUCGAGACCUGAGGAUCAACCAUAACAACAUUGAAAAGGUAACACCUUCAGACCUAGAGGGAAUGGAUAACCUCACAAUCCUGCAUCUCCAUGAUAACGCUAUCACAGACGUGGGUACAUCACUCAAGUCCCUGACAUCUCUCACACUUUUGGAUGUCAGCGCCAACAAGUUAACAAAGGUGCCAGAGGCUCUCCCUGAACAACUCCACCAACUCUACUUGGACUCAAACUCCAUUGCCUCUCUGCCUGAAGGCUUCUUGGCCACUUUCACACAGCUGCAGUAUCUGCGGAUGGCCAGCAACCAGCUCACCGACAAGGGCCUCCCAUCCAACAUCUUUAAUGUGACCGGGCUGGUGGAGCUGGACCUGAGCUUCAACAAGCUGGAGAGAAUCCCUCUGGUCAGCACCGGCCUGCAGCAUCUCUAUCUCCAAGCUAAUCACAUCAAAGAGUUCACAUUGGGGAGUUUCUGCCCCAUUGUGGAUGUUACCAACUUCUCCAAGCUGGAAACUCUGCGUCUGGAUGGGAAUGAGAUCAGUCCACUGGACAUCCCAUCGGAUUCGUCACUGUGCCUGCGUUUGGCUUCCAGCCUUGAUGUUUAAAUAUGUACUCAACCUCUUCAUUACACCUCCUCCAUUACAAACCCUGUUCUACAUUGCUACUGCUGUGGGAUUAUUUUACGUCCAGAAGAAAUUGUUUUUGUCUUUUGAUUAGGUUUUUAUAUAUAUAUAUAUUUCUGUGUGCAACAUUUGCAGUAGUUUAAUUCAAGAAAAAAAAUAUUUUUGAGAAUCGUUAAGGACUUUUAUAAAUUUUUACAACAGGUUCGUCUUUUGUCCAUCCAUAAAAGUACAGCUCAUAUUAUGUUUUAAGAUAUUGUAUGAUUUUCGGUAGAUGUGAAACUAAUCUCACUGUGGUCUUAUUCGUUGAAUUUUACAGUACUGUGAUCUUUCUUUCUCUCACUCUUUUUGUUGGAUUUGAAUGUAUUUGAUCAUGUUGUGUAAUUAGAAGUCUUAUGGCUGAGGAUAUGACAAGUUUGACAUAACUCUUCCUUCGGUCAGCAGGUGUUGACCUGAAAGGCUUGUAGUGGAAGUUGCAUUCACAAGAUAAUCUUUCAUAAAAUGAAAAUGCUUGAUUUUGUACAAGUGCACUCUUAGUCAUCUUUCACUCUGUAUCAUCUUUUUCUACUUUCUCCAUGAAUAAAAUGUAACAAAUUUA